ACCUCUCCGUCCCCCCUUUCGUUCCUGCAUUUAACAUCGGUGUGGGAAACCCUAGAUCAGAUCGGGGUCGUAUUUGCAUCCGGGAGGCGCCGCAAAUUUGGACCCAGGCCACGACCAUGGAGUCCCACGGCUACCCUUCAGCGGGGCGUCUCAACGAGCUGGUCGUGGCGAAUCCCAGGAAAGAAGAUGUGGCGGAACGCAGCAAAGAAGAGUCGGAAAGGAAGUAUUUUAGUCGUCUCAUCAAACAGAUGGAGAUGCAGAAACAGAUAGAGAUGGAGAUGAAGGAGGAAGGGAAACAGAUGCAGAUGGAGGAAGAGGAGUACUUUAUGCCGAAGCCAAAGAUUGUCAAGUACCAUGAUCUCUUGGAGAAAUUAUGGGGAUGGGACAGACUGCUACCAAAGGCGACUUCCGUGUCUUUGUCUGUCUAUAUCACAUACCUUGAAGAGUAUCACCGUCGCAAUGUGCACGCAGUUACUACGGACACGAGCAUAUCUGCUCUCGCUGAGACUUGUCUCAGCAAUGAGAAGCAACUUGUAUCUGAGUUGAAGCUCUGGGUGACACGUGAACAGGAGACGAGCUUGAUGAUACGGAGAUCAAUCAUUCUGAGUUGCCUGAUCCAGGAGCAUGCACGCUCAGUGGUCCACACAGCAGAUAAAAGCAGCUUUUCUGAUGUUUCUGGUGCGGCUUUGUUGUGUAUUGCCAAGGAGGCUGGCCUGACGUGUGAGUUGCUGAGGCGUGGCGCUGAUCCCAUUGAUGAUUAUUUAAUCAACCAGGGCAGAGUGAUACGCUCGUGUGCCUUGAGCCUAAUGAACUGCACUUCUGUUUAUUCCUCUGCUGCUAUGUUGGGUAUGGCGAAGGAGGCUGAAAUGAUGUGUAUGUGGAUGCUUAAAAAUAACAAGCCUGUUGAUUUCUAUGAUGAUCCCAUACCUCGUGAGAUUCGAGACAGACACACAGUCCGGUCCGGUACCUUGAAUUUUAUGGUCCGCAUACUAGAAAAGUCUUCUGCUGAGCACAAGAUUGAUAAGGAAGAACCUGCUAGUAGAAGUGGUCCUCGUGGUGAUGGGUAUGGCAUUGCUGUUGAUGGAGCAGCAAACACCACAAGGGGCAGCAUGGAAGAAGGUUUUUGGGAGAAACUAUGGGGUUGGGAAAGGCUGGUCCCACUAUGCAGUUAUGCUAAGUGGUCUGACUAUGGCCGAUAUCUUGAGGAGUAUUACAAACACAAUGCUAAUGAGUUUGUUGCUGCUGCUGCUGCCAAGAAUCCACAAAAUACCAAUACUACUGAUAUGGGUGCUGCUGUUGCCAAAGUCUGUCUCAAGAUGGAGGAGGAACUCCUGCGGUGUAGCCUGGAUGACUCCAGCACUAUCAUUGAGAGUAGCCUGAUCAAGGACCGUGCACUUAAAAUCUGUGGCACCAGGGAUAUUCCUUCUAUUGUUGCUUUUGUGUGUAUUAAAGAGGAGGCUGACCUGAUGUGUGAGCUGCUGAAGCAUGGUGCUAAGCCUUCUGAUGACAUCAUCCAGCUGAGCAGCGUGAUCCGCAUGUGCGCCUUGAGCCUUGUGUACCUCAGAGAACCCCAAUCUAUUGCUUCCGCCGCUGCAAUGGUGGGUAUGGCAAAUGAGGCUAAAAGGAUGUGUGAUUGGAUGAAGAGAGAGAACAGGCUUAUUACCUUAAGCUUGCCUCAGCCUCGUGAGCUCCACCGGAGCUGCGUGAUCCGGAUGAAAGCCUUGGAUGUUAUGACCAGAAUGUUGCAUGAGUGUUUCUUUUCUUCCUCCAAGCCAAAUACUGUUCGCACUGCCGCAACCUCGGGCCAUCCUGAUGCUCUUCCAGAAGAAGGCGCCAGCUCCCAGGCUUCAGUCGAAGACUCGCCCAAGCCCAAGCGCCGGCGCAAGCCCAACAAACCUGAUGCUCUUCCAGAAGAAGGCGCCGGCUCCCAGGCUUCAGUCGAAGACUCGCCCAAUCCCAAGCGCCGGCCCAAUCCCAUCAAGACUUAAGCUGGCCCAGAAUGGGAAGUCUAGCUAUAAGAUGUAGCGACUAGUGAGUGCGUCUGAGUCUGUAUCCAACAAGGAACUCCUGAAUUCAAACUGAAUCAUUCCUCCUACCUGCUCCUUCCUCCCUGCUCUCUUUUCCCCAUUGCUCGUGCUGCUAACAAAUACUCACCGUAGCUGUGACUAAUUUUUCUUUUUUUUCCCCAGCCUUUUCAUUUCUGGACAUCUGUUAUUGUAUUUGUACUGGUUCACAUACUAGUCAUGUUUGGCACAAUGUUCUUGUCUGGUAUGCUAGAGCCAAGAAACAUUUAGGCCCCCUUUCGAAUAUAGGAGAAACAUAGGAAAAAUAUAGAAUUGAGUUCCUUAGUGUUAUUUUCUUAUUGUCUCCUCGCUUGAACAAGGAGGGCAAUUAUGAGA